AUGGAGCCGGCUGAGGGCUGGGACCCGUACGGGCGGCCGGCCCGGCGCACGCAGUGGCUGGUGAGCGCCCUCGCCUACCACUACGGGCUGGACCGCGGCGUGGAGAACGAGAUCGUGGUGCUGGCCACCGGGCUGGACCAGUACCUGCAGGAGAUCUUCCACCACCUGGACUGCGCCGGGGCCGGCCGCAUCCCCGGCGAGGAUUUCCGCACGCUGUGCCAGGUGCUGGGGCUGGAGGAGGCGGCGGAGCCCGAGGAGUGCGCGGGGCUGUGGGACGGGCUGGCGGCCGGGCUCACCUUCCGGCAGUUCCACGCGCGGCUCUGCGGGCUCUUCAGCACCCGUGCGGGCGGGGCCGAGCCGCGCCUGCCGCUCGGCCGGGACAGCGAGCACAUCGAGACCCAGAUCCGGCUGCGCAGCCCCCGCCGCCGCCGCCGCGGGCACCCCCCGGCCGGGCGGGCGGCUCUGGAGCGGCGGCCGGCGGGGCCCUGCUCCCCCGAGUGCUACGAGGAGAUCGUGGCGCUGGAGCAGGCCGAGGACCGCAUCGCCAAGCUGGAGGAGGAGAACGGCAGCCUGCGGGAGCUGGUGGAGGACAUGCGGGCCGCCCUGCAGAGCAGCGAUGCGCGCUGCCUGGCGCUGCAGGUGGGGCUGCGGAAGAGCCAUGCCAACCACAGGGAAGAGGGGACCUGUUCCAUCGGGAGUAAGGGACCAUUCACACAGAACCACUCCCAGAGCAAGUGCCUGCAAAGCGUCCUGAAGGAAAUGGAGCUCAUCCGGAGCUCCAGGGAUGGGCAAAUCGAAGAAGCAAUCAGGUUCAACCAGGAGCUGGAGAGGGAGCUGAAGAGCUCCCAGGAAGCCCUGGCCAGCCUGGAGGACUGCAACCGUAACCUGAAGAGGGAGCAGGCAGAAAUGAGGAGGAAGGUGGAGGAGGCGAGACACGCCGUCCUGAACAGCCUUGGCAAGGUGAGGGAGCUGGAGGUGAAAGCCAACGAGGUGCCACGUCUGCAAACACACAUCCAGCAGCUGGAAUCGGAACUGCAGCACUACAGGUCGGGGAUGCAGAGGGUGCAGGUGCCCGCAGGGAGGGGGCCGGAGCAGGAGCAGCAGCAGCAGCAGGAGGAGGAGGAGCUGCAGGUGCAGGUGCUGUGUCCUUGGAGUGAGGCAGAACAUCCUUCACCUGAGAGUCUCCCACCCCUGGAGCCCUCCCUGCCUCUGCUCAACAAGCUCCAGGUGCACAACACUUCAGAGGAUCAGCUGUUCCGCUCCGUGGAGGGCCAGGCUGCCUCUGAUGAGGAGGAGGAGGAGAAGUGGGCAGGAGACCAAGCCUCCCAGCGGGGCCACGGGAAGAAAACGCUGGCCAAGCUGCCUUGCUGCAGCAGUGGGUGUGAUGGAAAGAGCUGGAAGAAGCUGAUGUCUUACCUGGAGAGCAGCAGCAGUGCUGGCUGUGAGGCAGCCCCUGCAGAGCCCCCCGAGGGGCUCCCUCAGCUCCCAGGGCAGGAGGAGCCCGGGGACCACGGGGGGAAAAACCUGGAACCACACAUGGAAGAGGUGGAAGUCCCAGUGCUGGGGGAGCUGCAGCAGAAGGUGGAGGAGGCCGAGCUGUUGAAGAUGGAGCUGCAGAUGCUGGAGACGGAGAGAGUGAGGCUGUCGCUGGUGGAAGAAAAGCUCCUGGAUGUUUUACAGCUUCUUCAACAACUCCGAGACUUGAACAUCUCCAAGAGAGCCCUGGGGAAAAUCUUGCUGAGCACUUUGGAAUCCUGCCGUGCCCCCCAGCCUGGCAAAGCCCACCUGUUUGAAGUCCUGGAUACCCUCCAGCAGGAGCUGGCAGGCUGUGAACUCCUCCACCAGGAGCCCCUGGAGCAGGGGCAGAGCCCCCAGGCCCUGUCCAACCCCCUGGUGAUCUCGUGCUGAGCCGCAGCACCAGCGACUGCACGGCCCAGCAUCGCCCCGGGCAUCGCACAGGGGUGGGCACAGCGCCCGGCUCAGCCACCCCCACGCUGCCCAAGAGCACCCGAGGGGUCCAGCCCUGCCAUCCGAGCUGUGGUGCCCCGGGAAGGGCAGUGGUUCCUCUGGAAGGGCAGCAGUUCCUCUGGAAGGGCAGCAGUUCCUCUGGAAGGGCAGUGGUUCCUCUGGGAAGGGCAGCAGUUCCUUGGCUGGUCCCCAGCCCUGUCUUGGGGAGGGGUCUGUGCCUGUCUCCCUGGAACCUCCCCAUCCCUGGAGGUGGCUCUGGGACUGUCCUGGUUGGCUCUGGGACUGUCCUGGUUCACCACAUGAAACUGUUCCAGCCACACUCACCUGCCCACUGAGCUCUGCAGCCCUGUGAGCUGGGCACAGUGUUUAGCUCUGGUGCCAGCCUGUGUUAUCCCUGGCGAGGAAACAGCUUCCUGGAUGCACAGCUGACAGUGACUGUGGGACAAACACUCACAGCUGUGUGUGCCAGCAGGGCAGCUUUUAGAGGCUUUGUAUUUCUGAUUCAAUUAUUCACCUUAUUUAACUCUGAAGUUCGAUUUGUUAUUGCUCUGCUGAAUUUUGUAUUUGCAAUUACAGAGAUGCCUUAGAAAUCUGCAAGAGUCUCUCCUGACAGCAGUCAGACUUUACAUAAAAAGUCAAAUUUAACUGCUUGAAAAACGUCCAAAGCAAUCUUGUUCCCAGUCUCUCAGGGAAAGGAAGGGUUGGAAAAUUCCCUGUGCAAAGCUGUUGUUGUCAAGUUGGCAAACGACACGUGCAGGGCACAACUUGGUUCUCAAGUUUAAUUUCUCUCAAUGACACUGAACAGACACAAAGCCAGACCCCACCAGCAGGAGAAUUGGUGUCAAAAGCUGGGCCUAAUCAUAGUGCCACACGACAUUUUAACCAGCAAUAAAACAAUUCCUGGGGACAAAGGUACAAAAAUAGGUUGUUUCCAAGAUGCUUUCAAUGUUUCGUUCAGCUGGCAAACACAGAAAUUAAAGCAGCAGAGUUCCUAAAUGAUCCCACUGAAUUUAUGUUAUUAAAGGAUACACUGUAGAUCGUUUAGGAAUGUGGAAUGAUUUGCCUGAGAGAAUGCCACCCAGGAAAUAAGACCAUUCAACUGUGCCUGUAUGAUUUUCUCCCAUGAAAAUGGUUUUACACAUCAAAAAGGUCCACAAUGCAAUCUGGGGAAUAAGAAGAUUUUUCUUUCUCUUCAGAAUACGCUGUGUAGUUCACACAACUCCAUUAAAAACUGUGCUACAUCAGAGCCCUGUUGGUAACCAAAAUUUGCAUUAUUUUCAUUUCACAGGAGAAAAAAAAAAAAGAUGUUUUGCAAACAAUGAAACAAACUCUGUUCAAUGGUUUUUUACCCGGUUGGGUGUUUUUGGUUUGGGUUUUUUUUUUUAGUUUACCAGAGGAAGAAUUUAAGAAUAGAUACAUGUUGUUAAUGUACAUUUCUCAUGAAGGUAAAUUAGACAGGACAUAGAUAAGUAUAGCAAUAUUCACAUCAUACCAGAGCAUCAUUUUUACUUGGUAUAGAGUGAAGUACAUGCUCAUGUUGUGCACUACAAACAGGUACCAACUGAGAGGAGCAGAAGUGAACUCCCUGCUUGGGUUCAUUGUCUGAAAAAAACAAGAAGUGUCACUUUGUGUUCUGUGCAGGUCUCAGCCUUUCCCAGGAAUGUUGUGAGAGUCCAGAGAGAGAAGGUGCCAGGAGAUCCUGACCUCAGCAGGGUCUGUGGGUGCAGAUGAGCCAGCUCAGGAGCAGGAUUUCAGUGGCUGUGGAUACUCCUGUGCUGCAGGUGCUGCCACCCCUGGAACCUGCAGUGUUCCCUGGAUCCACACCUGGAGAUUGCUGUGCUCAUUGUACACUUUUAGCAUCUUUUUCCCCACUGGGUUCCCACUUCACUUUCUAAGGCAUUUCUGUAAACCCAGACAAUUAAAUAAAGGGAUGUCCUGAUGCAUUAUGGGCUGAGUUGGUGCUGCCCAGUUUAUCCAAGCACCUGAACUGCAACUGGAAACCAGAACAUGUCACUGCAAGCCUGAGCUGGUGUUGAGGGAGAUGCAGUUGAGAUAAAAAGAAGCUUUUGUGAAUAAAUAAACAGCAUUUCACUGUCACAAGAAGCAGCAAAAUCCUAUCUGGCUAAGUUAGCUUCAAAUCCUGUAACAUUAUUAUUUCUUUAAGAAAUGCCUGUGUCAGAAUAAUUUGUGAUACAUCAGCGUGAGCCAAUUAACUUUUUAAUGAUUAAAGCUGAUUAUUUUCACUCCAAAAAGUAACUCAUAUGGAGCAAAUCAGACUUGCAGGUCUUCAGGAUGGAUCAAGAAACAACCCUCAGCCAAAUUCGUGCUGGAAGUCAGAGGCAAUGCAAAGCACUUGAAAAAUUUACAAUUGAUUUUUUUCUUAUAUCUCUUACCUUCACGUUUUACCCUGAUCCUGUCAGUAGUGUUGCUGAGGCUGCUAAAUAUUUCAUACAACCCUGUAUAAAUAUGUGAUUUGAAAUCAAUGGGGCUGAGAAAUUUCUAGCCCUGCCUCAAAAGCAAGCAGGCUUCCAUGGGGUGAUGUACAGUGUGUACAGGGAACAGCUACCCAGUUUGAACAGAUUUGGUAAAAAAAAAAAAGAUCCAUGUAUAGCAAAACCUGAAAAGAUAAAGCACAAUCACGAGCCUUCCUUUUAAAAAGCACGAGCACAAAUCCAGUGCCUCCAAUCUCUGCAAACACUUUGGUUUACUGUGUAUUUACCAAAUGGUAACAAAUGGCCAUUCUCUUGCCUCUUGGCUUCUCAGUAAGGAAAAAACCAUCCCAGGGAGGGUGCACGUGCUGUGAACCUGCUUUGCAGCUGCAGCUUGGAAGGGUUCCUCAGGGUUUGCCUCUGGAAGGGCCCUGUGCUGCUUUUCCAGUUAAAAAACCAAGGGACAUCUGUAAAAGGGCAAAGGCAACUUAAUUACAUUGGCUUUGAGCCAUUCUGGUGAACCCUGGCCUGACACCACGGCUGAGAUUUUAUCCCUCCCCAUCAUGCUCAUUCCUCAUUUCAGUUGAAUUUUUUCCUCAGGAAAAAUUCCAACUUACAGAAAGGACAGUUUGUUUCAUCCCAGUCGUGUCCACUGGAGAUUCCAUAAUGGAAUUUACCCCAGCAAAACAGUCAUUCUCCACCUCCCUCCCCUCCCAGUGCCCUCCUCACUUCCCCUCUGGCUGUUUCCCUCUGGGAUAACCUCAGGGUCUGCACACCCUUUGUUCAAGAGGAGUCUCCUCCUCCCAUUAUUUUUUACUUUAUAUGAGCUAUGAACUAUUAUUACACUGAAGCUCACCUGUUCUAUGAAGUUAUUCAAUAAUUACUCCCUUUCUUUCCACUGGGACUCUCUCUGGAGUGUUUGGCAGUGACCACUCAGCACAGAUUCAGUGGAAAUAAAUGGGACAAUCACUGAAUAACUUCAUAUAUCAGGAGUUCCCACUGCAGUGGUGGAAGGUAGUUUGGGUUAAGAAGAAGGGAACACUUUUAAACAGUGCUGCAGAAAAUAGAAUUGCUUGGUAUGAGCGAGUGACACGAGACUUUCCCAGCAUGUGUGUGACACUUUGCAUUAUCAGCCAAAGGGUCUCUCUCAGAUUUAUAAUUUCAUGGAGUUGAAGGCACUGAAUCCUUUAGUAUUGUGUUAUCUUAUUUUCUUAAGAAUUUUAUGUAUAAUUCCACAAACCAUAAAACCUAUAGAGAGUGUUUCUUAGUCUGAAAUUCAAUUUAAAUCAUUUCCUUAAUUACACUUUAUUUUCAAGAUACCAGAAUUUUCAGAGUUCCUUUUUGGUUUCUGUUCUACUUUUCACGUCUCUUCUUUUUGCCUCGGGAUGCCAAAACAGCUCAACUUUCUUUUGUCCCCUUGACUUUUUCAAAUUACCAUUUUUCCUUGCAGAUGAAAGCAUCAGACACCACAGCUGG